AGCCGGUAGACAGGGGAGGCAGCGCCGCGCGUGGAGCGAUCGACCAGGACAGCCCGCGGCGGGUCAGCGGGAAGCGGGAGGGAGGCGCCGCCGCCGGGACUCGACGUAGACGCCCUCGCCGCCCGCGAUGGGAAGUGCCUUAUAAAGCCGCGACUUGCACGGCGGGACAGACUCCUGGCGGCGGCGCCCGCCUCAGAGUGUACAGGGAGUCCGGGCACAUCCGCGGGCCACCAACCUCGCCCCACCGAGGCUCUUGGCCGCCGUUGCGGGGCUCGGCUGCGUCCUAAGGACCUCUGAUCGCUCCUUCCUGGAAUCACUCUGCCCAGGAGGACCCCGGGCGGGGGCCGAGGGCACCCCCGGAGGCAGGGGCAUGCGCGGCCCGCGGCAUGGCCUCGGCGGUGUUUGAGGGCACGUCGCUCGUGAACAUGUUCGUGCGCGGCUGCUGGGUGAACGGGAUCCGCAGGCUCAUCGUCAGCCGGCGCGGCGACGAGGAGGAGUUCUUCGAGAUCCGCACCGAGUGGUCCGACCGCAGCGUGCUCUAUCUGCACCGCAGCUUCGCUGACCUGGGUCGCCUGUGCAAGCGCCUCCGCGACGCCUUCCCCGAGGACCGGCCCGAGCUGGCGCGCGCGCCGCUGCGGCAAGGACUGCUUGCCAUCAAAGAAGCACAUGACAUAGAGACCAGGCUCAAUGAGGUGGAGAAGCUGCUGGAGACUGUCAUCAGCAUGCCGUGUAAGUAUUCUAGGUCAGAGGUUGUACUCACCUUCUUUGAAAGAUCGCCUCUGGAUCAGGUGUUAAAAAAUGAUAAUGUCCAUAAAAUUCAACCCAGCUUUCAAAGUCCUGUCAAAAUAUCAGAAAUCAUGAGGUCCAAUGGAUUUUGUUUGGCAAACACAGAAACAAUAGUCAUUGACCACAGCAUACCCAACGGGAAGGACCAGCUCCUGGAUGCAGACUCCACUGAGCAUUUGUUUGAGAAUGGUGUCGAGUUCACCCCAGAGCUGGAGGAUGGCGACGACCCUGCAGCUUACGUCACCAACUUGUCCUAUUACCACCUGGUUCCAUUUGAGACAGACAUUUUGGACUGAGCCUCUCCAUCAGGCCUUCUCUGCCUCAGUCCUUGACCGCAUGUCCUCAUGCUGUCCACUGAAUGGCCCCGAGGGCCAAAGCUGCUGCUCAGCCUGGCCUCCCAGGUCCUGAGGUUCACUAGGCCUGGAUAUCCUGAAAGCGGAGGCAUGUCUUGAUGUCCAAGGGCUGUCUCCAGGCUGACUCCAGCAACAGGAGGUCACAUGUCCUGCAGCUCUGAGGGGCCUUGUAUCUGCACUCAGCCCCACCAGCCUGCCUCUUCUCCUGGGAGGCACUGUUCCUGAGGGCCAUGCUUCCUCUGGUUCUCACUGCCUACUGAGGGGAGCAUUCCACUUGGUCACAUGCCCUGACUCCCCACCUUUCCCUCACGUGUCAAAGGCAUGAAGCAUUUUAAGAGGAUUUUUGAUAAGUCACCAAGGUCUGGACCACAAGUUGCAAGGGAUAUUGAGUGACUCAGGGCUUCCCUGAGAUGUGUGGUUUUACCUCUCCUCCCUGGAAAUGGGACCUGGGGUCUGCUGGAAAGAGUGUUUACACAAUGUCAAGUCUAGAGGGAGGUGCUGGCUUCGGGGAGGGGAAAGCAUUCUCGGUGAUGUGCAUAUGAACCUGGUGUAAAGUUUUCCUUCUUCCUCUCUGCCAGCAUCUGAGCUCUUCUGCCAGGCUGUGAUACUGUUACCACCACCAAGGGUGCUUGAAGUUCCUCCCCUGGUGCACUUAGUGGCAUAAUUACCAUGAUGAAUCAGAAAGGAAGGGAUGGGGAGGAAAGGAAGCUGACAGCUUGGACCACAGGAAGGUCUGGGUCCUGUGAGCUCAUCUCCUCACUGUGUCUACUAACGACCAGCACUUGCUAAUGUAAAUAAUAGUAAAUUAUUGAAAAUUCUAAUUCUUUUACACAGUCUGUUUUUAAUCUAUUUUAAUUAAAUAAAAAUCUAUUGCUCUA